AUGGCCAAUGUAAAGGAGCGGCCGCGGGCGCGGUUUGCUCCUAUCCCCAUCGAGACCACCUUUGAGCGAUACCGCAAGACGAUCCCCCCCGGCGAGCUUACACCCAGCCCGUCCCCUCGCUCCCUGUCACCGCGGCCACGGACCCGGGAAAAGCGCAAGUUUGCUCCUCAGCUAGUUGAGUCCUCAGUGCGCCGGGCAAAACGAGCAGGCGACGAAGGCCCCGCUACAAAGCACACCGACAGGACUGAUAUUACCCCUUACACAAACCACAUCUAUGCACCGAAAACCCGCAAGCGCUUUGACCAUGGGUCACCUUCGGGGGAGCCGUCGGCACAAAAAGGGCAUGGACGGCGGGAGUCAUGCGACGACGAGAUCGCUGGCGGCGUUUUUGACCUGGUCGCCCGCGAUGCGAAGAGGAAGCUCCAGGAGGUGGCCAUGAGUGCCUUCCCCAACAGCGGGCAGAGGAUAGGCGGCGCCGAGCACUUUUACGUGCGCGAGGGCUCAGAAGAUGACGGCCCUCGAGGCAGGCCGUUGACAAGAGGGCCAUGGAACCCUCUGCAGUCCCGGAGGAACUCGUCCGAGGAGGACAUUAGUUGGGCCUUCAAGGAGAUGCAGGAGCAUGCCCAGAUGCUGCGCCGGGCAAAGUCGCGGGACCGGAUCGACACAUUGGACCUCGACAACAUGAGCAUCGACGGCCCACCAAGUGACGCCAUGGGCCUUACACGGACGCAGAGAACCUCGAUUGCCAGCUCGCCAGAAUGGCCAUCACGGCGGCCAUCCUCCAGCUCCCUCGGCCCCGUCGGGGACUCCCCCAUGCCCCUUCUCCGCGCCGAGUCCCCCCUCCCGACCAUCGGCGAGUCGACGAUGCCCUACGUACCUCCCAAAUCCCCGCCGUCCCGCCCCAUCGGCGAGAGCCACAUGCCGUACAUCCCCUCCGCCCCGGCCGGAAAAGCCGGCGACAUGCCAUAUGCACCAGCAUCCCAGAUACCCCCCGAAUCCGGCUUCGGCCGCAGUUCCCCUUUCGCCCCAUUCCCCGCCGAGCGCGACAAGUCACUUGAGCGAGCCCGCCAGCAGCACCGCCUCCGCUUGAAGGCCUCCCCGCCCAUGCUCGGGCAGGAUCUCACUUUCCGGCGAUGCCCUUCCCCCAAGCACACCAAGCUCGAGCCGGACCACCUUUGGGACGUGGCCACGGGGGCCCUCAUGGAGGACCACAACCGCGACCCGACCGAGGAGCACGGUCUCUGGCGCGGGUAUUGCUAUACGGCCGACCCGUCGGAGAAGCUCGUCCCGGCCGAGCGCCUGGCCAUGCUCUCCACCCCAGCGAGCAACCGCGAAAACGACCCUUUCUCGCCCGACUCCGAAGAGGGCCUAAGCUCCGCCCCGGUAACCUUCAGCGAGGAACCAACCUCGCUCUCGCCGGGCGGCGGGCACGGGGGGACACACUCGGUCCCCGGGGUGCCCGAGCACCGCACCAAGUCACAGGCGCCCAAGGGCCUGCACAUGCUGCAGAACCUGCAAAACCUCGACGAGAAGCUCAAGCGCGAGAAGGCCGCCGCCGACCUGGAGGAGCAGAUCGCGGCCGAGUUCGACGAGCACUUCGUGUCGCAGGUCUACAACUACCUCUCGCUCGGCUACCCGGCCACGGCGCGGCAGUACGACGGCGAGCUGGCCAAGAUCAGCCGCAUCCCCGUCGCCGAGCUGGAGAAGGGCGACCAGGCCUUCAUGGAGACCCUGUGGGGGGUGAACGGGUCGCAUGCCAACGGGCACGAUGGCGACGGCGAUGGCGAUGGCAUGGAUCUCGAUGAGGAUGGCGGGAGGGAGAGGCGGGCCGGCGCCACGGGCCACAUCAUGCUUGACAGCGAGGCUAAGGACGGCGUCAGGGAGGAGGAUCGCUGCCAGCGCUGGAAGGCUCUGAAGUUGUACAUCUACGAGUGGGCCCGCCAGCAUCCUGAUCUUAAUGCCAUCAGCCCAUCGGCCUGGGGCGUGCAGGAGCGGAGGGGCAGUUGGGGUAUUUAG